CCGAGUCAAGCCGUCACGCCUUCCUUCCAUUCCCAUCAAUCUUUCUCUUCCAGCUCCAGAGAGCGGGAGUUAGUUGCAGAGCUGAGAGGCCUGCUUUGCUGUAAAUAAUCAUCGUUUCGCACUGUGUAUGCUGUUGUUGGCUUUGUUCUUAUCUCGUUACUUAUCUCACCGAAAAGGACCAUCAGGGGGCAUUCCCACGGCUGACAAAUUACAAAACCACCAUGAAGACUUUGGAAGUUCUUCCCCGAGGCUUAUUGAUUCUGCUCCUGGCGGCAUCAAACUCUCUUGCUGCCGCACCAUGGUUAUUUGAGUCGGGAGGCCACGUCCCAGAUCAGCAGCCGCUUUCUGUAUCCGGGCGCCAUGGUGCCGUGGCGUGCGAGAGCAAAAUAUGCAGCCAGAUCGGCAUUGACCUGCUCGCCCGCGGAGGCAAUGCAGUGGACGCUUAUGUCGGAACCCAGCUUUGCGUUGGCGUAACUGGAAUGCAUCACUCAGGUCUUGGCGGCGGUGGAUUCAGCUUGAUCCGGGACAAGAAUGGCUCUUAUACCGUCAUCGACUUCCGGGAAGCGGCACCGGCCGCCGCACACCAGGAUAUGUACCAAGGCAAUGUGAUCGGCAGCAUUUUCGGUGGUUUGGCAGCCGCUGUCCCCGGUGAACUGCGCGGCCUCGAGUACGCCCAUAAACAAUUUGGUCGCCUGCCGUGGAAGGCUGUCGUUCACCCGUCAGCUUAUGUGGCCAGGAAUGGGUUCCCAGUGACAGAGGAUACGGUGCGAUACAUGGAAAACGGAAUCAAGUACGCCGGGCGAAACUUUUUGGUCGAAGAUGCUAGUUGGGCAAUGGACUUCGCACCCAAUGGCAAGCUCGUCGAGUUUGGUGAUAUUAUGACGCGGAGGCGAUACGCCGACACGUUGGACGCCGUUGCGGACGGUGGAGCCGACGUGUUCUACACCGGCGGGAUUGCCAAUGCGACCAUUACCGCCAUCCAGGCGACGAAUGGAACCAUGACACUCGAUGACCUUGCCGAAUACAAAGCGCUUGUGCGCCGGCCACUCAGCGUAUCAUACCGUGGGCAUCGGUUAUUUUCAAGUGGAGCGCCUUCUUCUGGCUCCGUGUGCUUGUCUACCCUCAAGACGAUGGACGGCUACGACGUCGAGGAUACUCAAGACAAGAAUCUAACCCUCCACCGCUUUGACGAAGCUAUGCGCUUUGCCUAUGCAGCUCAUCAGCAGCUUGGCGAUCCAGAGUUCGUGGACACGCAUUCUAUCGAAGCCCUGGAAGACCUGAUGCUGUCUCCCAGUGGUGCGGCCGCGACCAGGAAGCAUAUCUCGGACAAAACCACCCACCCCGUCGGAUAUUAUCUUACCCAUCCGCAUGACUUCCCAGAGGUUUACAUACCAGAUUCACACGGGACCUCCCACAUUGUCACCGCGGAUGCAGAUGGCAUGGCAGUCUCAAGCACCACGACGGUGAACUUGCUUUACGGGAACCUGAUCAUGGUGCCCGAGACGGGCGUCAUCCUGAACAACGAGAUGAACGACUUCAGUAUCCCAGGGGUGCCGAACGAGUUCGGAUAUGCCCCUUCGCCCGCCAACUUCAUUCGAGCUGGGAAACGACCCAUGUCUUCGAUAACACCCGUCAUUGUCGAAUAUCCCAAUGGCACGCUCUACGUCACUGUGGGUGCUGCCGGUGGUUCCCGUAUCAUCAGUUCCACGACGCAAGUCGCUUGGAGAGUGCUUGAGCAUGGAAUGGAUAUGGAGCAUGCGAUCAGGGAGCCCAGGAUCCAUGAUCAGUUGAUGCCAGAUAUCGCUCAAUUCGAGGUCACAUUUGACAAUGCCACCGUGGCCAGCAUGAGUGAGAAGGGCCACAAUGUCACGUGGGUUAGAGAAGGAGUCUCGGCUGUGCAGGGGAUCCGGGUUGCGCAAGGGGUAUUUGAAGCGGUUGGUGAAACAAGGCAGAAGAACAGCGGAGGGCUGACAGUGUAAAUCUUUCUACUUAUACACGAAACUGUUUACCGGAGGUAUAUGGAUGGUAUUGCACAUAUCUGGAUAGAAGUCAAACAACCUCGCUGGCACGUUGUACCCAAUAUAGACUGGUGGCCCAGCUUGAGAAGGUGUCGGUCAAAGUUUCCUUUUGUAUUGUAUACUGUACAUAAUCAUAAAGAGAACCGAUGUGUCUGCCAGCCUAGAGGUUAGUUUAUUGUUGGG